GCGGCGCAUGCGCAGUGCGGAUGCUGUUGAACCAGCACCAUGAUGACGGCGGCUGCGAUGUGCGAGAUGCGGCGACUGGAUCGUUAAGGAAACACAACAAAGCUCGGGACGAUUAGAACUGGGACAACAGGAGAGAACCGAGUGGAUUGGGCCGCCCUCCCUCCCUCCUUCCCGCCCCCCCGCUCUCCCCUCGGGGGGGAGCGAACAACUCGGACCGAUGAACCUGGCCAGCCAGAGCGGGGAGGGUGGCAGCAGCCAGCUCCUCUUCGCCAACUUCAACCAGGACACCACGUCCCUUGCAGUUGGCACCAAAUCUGGCUACAAGUUUUUUUCCCUUUCUUCGGUGGAUAAAUUAGAACAGAUUUAUGAAUGCACUGACACAGAAGAUGUAUGUAUUGUGGAACGACUGUUUUCCAGCAGUCUAGUAGCUAUUGUGAGCCUUAAAGCACCCAGAAAAUUGAAGGUCUGUCACUUUAAAAAAGGAACGGAGAUCUGCAACUACAGUUACUCUAAUACUAUUCUGGCAGUCAAGCUAAACAGACAGAGAUUGAUAGUGUGCCUGGAAGAGAGUUUGUACAUUCACAAUAUCCGAGAUAUGAAAGUACUGCAUACCAUCCGGGAAACACCACCAAACCCCACAGGGUUGUGUGCACUUUCCAUUAAUAAUGAUAAUUGCUAUCUUGCUUACCCUGGUAGUGCAACCAUUGGGGAAGUACAGGUGUUCGAUACUAUCAACCUGAGAGCUGCCAACAUGAUCCCAGCCCAUGACAGUCCUCUUGCUGCUUUGGCAUUUGAUUCAAGUGGUACAAAACUGGCAACAGCCUCUGAAAAGGGAACAGUAAUCAGAGUAUUUUCCAUUCCCGAGGGGCAGAAACUCUUCGAAUUCCGGAGGGGUGUUAAAAGGUGUGUGAGUAUCUGUUCACUAGCAUUCAGUAUGGACGGAAUGUUUCUGUCGGCCUCCAGUAACACAGAGACGGUACAUAUCUUCAAACUGGAGACACAAAAAGAAAAACCACAGGAAGAACCAACCACGUGGACUGGGUACUUUGGGAAAGUGCUCAUGGCUUCCACUAGCUAUCUGCCUUCACAGGUCACAGAAAUGUUUAAUCAGGGCAGGGCAUUUGCAACAGUCAGAUUGCCCUUCUCAGGACACAGAAACAUCUGUGCGUUGGCAACAAUUCAGAAGAUUCCUCGGCUACUGGUUGCAGCAGCGGAUGGUUAUCUCUACAUGUAUAACCUGGACCCACAAGAAGGAGGCGAGUGCACACUAAUGAAACAGCACAAGUUAGAUGGUAGUGUAGAGCCUGCCAAUGAAAUUCUGGAGCCUUCACCACACGAUCGUCCAUUAGUAUCUCAGACGUACAGUUCACCUGCUGCCAAAGUUAGCUAUACUCCUUCAUCACCAACACGGCAUGCCUACCCAGAGGACCAAGGAGCAGUGGGUGGAAUUGACCCAGAUGAUGAUUUGAAUAUUGGCACACUGCGAAUGGAUGAGGACAAUGAAACUCCUCCCCUGAUUCUCAAGAGCGAGUGACCGUUGAGUUGUACACUGGCACGUGCUGGGAGAGAACACUUGCAAUAGAUUGAAUUGUGAUGCUGCUGCAGACUUUUAUUGUUGCAGGACAGUGAAGAAAAAUAUGGAAGGAACAUUUUAAAGAAUGAAAAAAAAUUGUAGCUGUAGUUUAAUUCUAUAAUAUUGAAAACAAAAUAUAUCGUUUUUCUUCCCCAGUGGCUUUUAUUCAUGUGAAGAAUUUGAUUAAAUAUAAUGUAUUUUUCCCCUUUUCAGCCAAAAACUGCCACCUCAUGCAGCCUUGGAGCCUACUAGCUUUGCAUGUUUACAUGUGCCAAGAUUUGAGAAUAUAGGAGUCACUUUAAUAUUGCCAGUCUGGUAGUUUUCCCAAGAACACAUUUUGUCCCUCCAUUCAGGGAAACUGGUUUCCAAAGUUUUAAGGUAGCAACCCUAUCCCAACCCAUUUUUUAAAAUUAAAAAAUCACUUCCAGCCUCCUGUAACUGUAAUUUCCUGAGGUUUUGUCCAUUUGCUAAUAUGGACUCAGCAGUAUGAAGUUGUGGUCCUUCAAAUUUCAUUCCUUUGGGGAAAUAACUAUUGAGUUUUACUUUAAAACUUGCUCCAAAAGAGACUGUUCAUUGAGUGUGACACUAAGAAUGAAUCUUAAUCCAAAGGGUUUAAAUAUUGAGUGGAUAAUUGUAAGUUACUCUGAAAAUAAAAGGUGGCAUCCUAUGUGUUUUUUUUUAAAUCUUGUGAUAGUUUUUUUUCAGAGAAGUGAUAUAUAGGACAUUACUCCUACACCUGACUCCUCGCAUUUCUAUAUGUACAGCUAGGGGAGGGGGGAGUUACUAUUUUGAAUCCACUUGAUUCUAUAAAGAUUUGGUAUACUUUUGUUUUGAUUUUGCAUUUCCUUUCUCAGUGGCCAAGCUUCAGCUACCUGGUGCCCAGAUGAUACUGAAGUCUGUCAACAGCAAAUUGUUUUUGAAAUUUCUGUAGUGAUUGGAAUUUUUGCAAUGGAUGACUCUUUAUUUUGACAAUUGCUGCUACUGAAUACACUUCAAAUGCUAGUUAUUAAAAUUUGAUAAGUAGAUGGGACCAUGGAAUUAAUGCUUCAUCUUACAACUGUAAAGUGAACCUUGAGUGUUUUCAUUUGAAUGUUUUGAGUGACAUAUCGUAUUGCAAUAUAAAUUUUUUUUAAACUGCCAAGAAAAGUAAUUUACAGCUACUGGUUUGCUGGAAUUUGGCCAUUUUCAAUGUUAAGUGACAUGGAGAGACCUUUUUUAUUGUUUGUAGAUAAUUGGAUCAUCUCAUAUACAAACCCACCUGUUUAAGAUAGAGGGGGAAAACUGGCUUAUGGCACACUUCAAAUCAGUUGUAAUUCAAACAACAGGAAUUCUGCAGAUGCUGGAGAUUCAAGCAACACACAUCAAAGUUGCUGGUGAACGCAGCAGGCCAAGCAGCAUCUAUAGGAAGAGGCGCAGUCGACGUUUCAGGCCGAGACCCUUCGUCAGGACUAACUGA